AUGCUUAGAGACUGGCUUCUCUUUGUUCCUCCCUUGCUUUGCAUUUGUGGGAGGGAGCCUGCUGCACACAUUAAUAUUCCCACCGCUGACAGGAGGCACAUUCAGUGAGAUCUGAGCAAGAUGCAGUCCAUAGUCCUGCUAUAUGGGAUCUAUCAGAGAUCCUGACUGCAGGAAGCUGGGUUUAUCAGCCAGGGCAGUGUCCUGCAACAUUACCUCCUAGGUGGAAUUACAAAUUAAGGCUGUUGGGGAUUUGAGACAGUGGCUAUAGAAAGCUGCAGCAGCGUGAGCCAUGGCAGAGGUGAAGUGCAGCAGCAGCAGCACUGGAUCUCCCACCAAUAAUGGACUGGUGGUGAAUGCAGAGCUGGAGAUGAAGAAGCUGCAAGAGCUGGUGAGGAAGCUGGAGAAGCAGAAUGAGCAGCUGAGGAACCGAGCCAGUGCUGUGAGCAACUGUACACCAAGCCCACACCUGCUGCUGCAGCAUCAGCAUCCUCCUUCUGUGGUGCAUCAGCCAGGGACAUGUAUCCACUCUUCCCCUGUGCUCUCACGGCCCACGGGGCUCUUCCUACCCAGUCCUUUGCCCACUUUGCUCUGCACUUCAGCCUUGGCCGGCAGCCUCUUUUCCCCAGAUUCCAUGGGCUAUUACAGUAAUAACAACAGGCUACCGUUUUCCUGCAUCAAUGCUGCAGAGGGGCCACAAAAUGACUGUACAGUUCCAGGAUCUUCCCCACUGGAUGAGGUGGAGAUUUUGGAUCUGGAGGAUGGGUAUUGCAGUGGCGAUGAGGAAACCUGGUUAUAUGUCUCCCCUACAAAGAAUCAGAGGCCAUUUGACUCAGCUCUGAGUCCAGAGCAGUGGUGUAGACAAGUUUUAGACAAUCCGUCGCCUGAGAUAGAAGCUGCUAAGCGAUCCCUUUGCUUCAGAUUAGAGCAAGCUGGUCGAUGGAGGAGUCUCUUUUCCACUCCUGUAUCCAUGUCAUUUCCUUACAGUCCUGUUGCGAGACUCACUCCAUAUUGCAACACUCCCAGCGUCCUUAAAAACACAACUAAAGCAAUACUAACACCCGAAAAAACAGGUUACAACUUAAAGACUUCUCAACUGAGCCCCCAGUCUUCAGUAGACAGUGAACUGAGCACAUCUGAACUAGAAGAUGAUUCCAUCUCCAUGGGAUACAAACUGCAAGAUCUCACAGAUGUUCAGAUCAUGGCUAGAUUACAGGAAGAAAGCCUUAGACAAGACUUUGCAACUACCUCUACCUGCAGUUCAGUAUCACGGCCUCGUCCCAGCUUUUCAUUAUAUUCUGGGAAGAAACUAUCAUGCUCUAGUGAUCAGGAUUUCGAUCGAUAUAGUGUUGAAGACGAUGAUGAUGAUUUUGACCAUUUACCACCACCUCAGCCUCGACUCAGCCGUUGCUCUCCACUCCAGAGAGGCCUUUCUCAUUCUCAGACUUUUUCUAGCAUUAGAGAGUGCAGGAAAAGCCCAAGCUCCCAAUUUGUAAAUGGAUAUCAGCAAUAUAACUAUUCCUCUCAGCCUCAAACACCAGAACAGCAGCAAAGCAGGACAAAUGCAGAUAAACUCCGCAGAAGUAUGCCUAAUUUGGCUCGAAUGACAAGUACUCAUAAUAGUCCUGUUGUAUCAAUGGCCACUGUGCGCAACAGCCAGAGCUUUGAUUCCAAUCUGCAUGGUGCAGCGAAUGGAGUGUCCAGAAUGCAGUCCAGUAUUCCUUCUCCAGGCCAACUUCAGCAAAGAGUACACAGUGUAGGCCAUUUCCCCGUGUCUGUAAGAGCCCCUCUGAAAGCCACUGCCUACGUCAGCCCAACUGUGCAAGGGGGAAGUGGCAUUCCUUCAUCAAUCAGUUUACAGUCAUUAUCUAGCUCUGGAAUUCCUAUGCCAAACAAGACCACAAGUGCAGUGACUGUCGGACGCAGUGCUCUUCCAAGGCCAGCAUUAUCCACUGCAAAUGGCAGCAGCAUACCUCGUAGCAAAAUAGCACAGCCACAGAGAAGUUUUCUGCAACCGCCGAAAACCUUAUCUUCGCUGAGCACGCUGCGGGAUGGAAAUUGGAGGGAUGGAUGCUACUGACAUGCUUGACAUGAGCAAUUAUAGUUCUACAUGUCCCAGCUGGCUGGGGAAAACAUUUAUAACUCUGAGAUUUUAUUCGUUGUAAUAUAUAUGUUUUAUCUGAACAAAUGAUCAUAUUGUAGCUCUCACCUAUUUGACGUGAGAUCAUUUCAGAUCAACUAAAGAUCAGUCCUUCACAUGUGCAAAAGUUCUUCAGAAGAAACCGUUGAGGCUCCCUCUGCACCUAUGGCUUCAUACAUCAUAGUAGAACAUUCAUAACAUAUGCAAAGAAUUAUUACUUUGUUCUGAUUUACACAAAGUUCAACACAUUUUUAACUAAUGGAACUUUUUAAUGAUAACCAACACACACGCCCUAAAAGGGUUUUUUCUAAACGAACGUUCUCGGAGCACUGCAAACUAUGAUACCACAAAUAUUUUUAUUUUGCUUAUGGUUUGGUUUAUGUAAGGUGAAUACAUAGAGACACACAUUUUGUGAAACUGAACACAUCUCUUAAUGCUGCUUAAUGAUUUGUGCCAUAUAUGCCAAUUUAUUUUAGGCAUUACUAUCACUUGGUCUGUCUGGGAAACCAAUUGGUAUAAUAUCCCCGGAAUAUUUGUGUGUGUUUUCCUUUUCUCUCUCUCUCUCUCUUUUUUGCAAAAGCACAAGGAUAUACAAUAAUGUCACUACAUUUUGCUAUGGAGCCAUCUUAAAACGGUUUUCAGGUUUUUUUUGUAUUUCCAUGUUUAUUUAUUUAACUAUUUAAUUGAUUUGGAAUAAUUGAAUAUUGAUUGACUUUUUUGCAGCUGUACUGCACUAUCUUCUAACUACAAGGGGGUUACGCUUUUUUUAUUAUUAAAACUGGUUUACUUGCUGUCAAAUUCCGGAACACGAAAAGCUCUUAAAUGGACAGAAAACUUUUUGAUAGGCAUUUUACAAAAUUUCAAUUGCACUAAUGAUUUAAUAUGCCAGUUUAUGAUUUCAUAAUUAUAAAAACUGUAUACUACUGUUUUGGAAUGUUUCAGUAAUAAAGAAUAUUUUCAUCA